UAGGAGGGCUGGGUUUUACUUUUAAAGGAUUAACGGUAAACAGCAUGUGACUAUGAUAAAGAAAACCAAGUUUACCUACCGAUAACAGUAAUGGCUUUGUUCAGUAACGGGUACUUAUGCUAUACGUCUGCCUAGAUUCAUUCAUUUACUUGCUUGCUUAUGCUACUCACCGACGUCGUAGAAGUUUAGCCGUUUAAAGAUCUGCAAGAUAAUCAUAUCUUUAAUGCGUGAUUAAACCUCACUCUGGAUGCCAAAUAAACUAACGUGUAAAAUAUGUGAAACAAGUACAGCAAGAGUGCGAUUAUAAUACAAUGUGUGCCCCAGGCUACUGGAUAUAAACUUCUGUAAUUUUCUACAAUAUCCUAGACGUACGUUUGUUUUGGGUUUUUUUUUUUUUGUGACACGAGGUGAAAUUUAGGACAAAACCGGUUGGGUUUGUUAAAAGUUGAAGAAGAGGAAACGGAAUAUUAGGCAACCCCAGUUCCUGCGUUUAGCAGGCGACAUAGUGCAAGCAAGAGACCUGGGCGGCUGGUCGUGCGUAAGCUCCGAGGCGAUGUUGGAGGAAUUUAGUAUUUCUGCUCCUUUCUAAGCAUGUUUCCUUUUGCUAAAGAAGGACAGGCACGUCGCCUUUUGUAGACCAUGUCGGAUUGGACGUACGCUGCCAUGUCGUGUAGUCUGUCAACUCGGCACACCACAAAGACUCCAGUGUUUCGGGCUGGGAAUGUGGAACAGUGUGUGGAAGAGUUUCUGAAUGAAACGUCACAUCACGCCCAUCAGACAGGUGAAAGUUGUUCUUCUGAUCUCAUGUUUACUGGAUGAUCCAACAUCCAUCAUGACUAAGAAGGCCAGCAAGGCUCUGGAGCCCGAUGAUGCUUUGUGCUGCUGUGAGUAUGUGGACCGGCGUGGUGGACGCAGUCAUGUGGCAGCGUGUUGCUGUGACUGUGAGGAUCUGGACGAGGCUUGCGACAGGUGGCUCAAGAGAGAACCCCAGAAGCCGGAUACUCUGUCUCGAUUGGUGGACACGGUGACUGAUCGCCUGCGAGUGCCCUGGAUUUCAGGGGCCAAACAAGUUGACCUGUCUUUGGUCCCACCUGUUAUCUUACUGCCGGUCCUGUUGCACAUAGCUGCUCUGCAUUACCUGCUGGGUAUUGUAGUUCUAACAGCAUUACCUGGCGUGGUGCUUUGGUAUUACCAUUUCACCCACCGUAAGAAAGGCCGCACUCUGUUCUUCCUCAGUUUAGCACUUUUCUCCCUCUUCUACACCUACUACGUCUUUCUCACUGAGAUCGUCUCAAGAGGAGACAUUAGUCAUUUACAGCUGGGCAUUGUGACUAUGGGCAUGCUCUUUACUGUCAUUACCCUGGUGCACACCAAGAGAGGGCCAGGCUAUGUCAUGCCCCACCCUUCUGAUGCUCACAGCACAGUGACUUACUGUAGCCCUCAGCCGGAAAUGGAUGCCACUUACCAGUAUGGGACAUGCUACCAGGUGGUGAUAGCCAAUCGUGCGAGUCCUUCAGAGCAGAGUGGUGAGCCCAGGGGCGUGCCAGACAGUCUGCUGCAGAAGAGCACUAGGAGGGGGAACUGGUGUCCCUACUGCAAGGUGGUCCGUCCCCCAAGAGCAGGACAUUGCCGGAUCUGCGGGGUCUGUGUCUUGCGACUGGACCACCACUGUGUUUGGAUUAACAGCUGUGUGGGACAGGCCAAUCAUCGCAGCUUCCUCCUUAUGCUUGUCUUCUUCCUGUUGACGUCGCUGUAUGGGAUCAGCCUGGUGCUGCAUCGCGUGUGUCCUGGACAGGGCCUGUUCAGUGCCCUUCUCUACUGCCCUGAUGUCUACAGCCAGUACAGCACGGCCUUGUGUUUCACGUGUGCCUGGUACUGCAGCAUUGUCACUGGAGGACUGCUCCACCUGCUGUUCCUCCAGCUGAUCAACAUUAGCUACAACGUGACGGAGCGCGAGGCCCACGCAGCUCUGAGGGACAGAACCGGCCGCAGUCUUAUCUGGGGCCUUGUCAUCGACACGGGUGUCUACUCCCGUGGCUUCUGGGCCAACUGGACUGAGUUCCUAACCAUGGGCGAGAGUCUGGAGAGGUCUGCCCUCAAACCAGAUCUGGUGUAGUGUUGGGUCAGGAUUUGUGCCAGUGGAGAGCUUUAAGGGGACAUGCUAGAGGGUGGUGAAAAGCCAUCACGUGGAAGGAUUGCACACUGCUUAAUUGCUGUCCCAAGGUCCAUUAUUCCCAGGUUUUAUUUUUGUAAUAAUUGUGGUCAAGGUCUACUGUGAGGUCAAAGGUAUUGUCAAUUUAUAGUGGAAGAAAGGUGGUAACUAUCUUUCUUUAUCCACUAGAUGGCAUUAUUUGAUAUUUCUCACUAUUCAAAUCACAAUGCAUUUACAAUACAAGUAAAUGGUGGGGAUGGUGGAAUGUUGCCCAGAUACAUCUAAUGUUCCCCUGGCUCGUCCUCUGUGUGAAUCAUAAGCCAUAUAAUAUAUGUAUAAUAUAUAUAUAAUAUAUGGGCUCCAAAUGCACUGCAACAUAACUUCAGAGCUGCUCUAUGAUGUUGCUGUUUUUUGUUUCUUUGUCUCUUUCCUUGCAGAGUUUCACAGGGUUUUCUCAAGUGUUGCAUACACAUUGUUUUAAAAUCCACCUGGAUUUAGUGCCUUGCUGUGACAUGAGAAUAGGCGCCAGCGCAAUGCGCGCGGAGUACCAGAGUCCUCUUCACAACACGGACGGCAGCACCCUGAAAGUGCUGCGGCCGGGCAGCAAGUGCUGGCAGAGAACACUGAAUGUGAUUUGUGUCUUUGUGUACUGCAAAUGGGGAUGAGUCUUUGACAUUUAUCAAACAGCGAGUGAAACUGCAAUGGUUAGGAGAUCAGGUCAUGAUGACUAGAGAUUUAUUCCCCUUUAAAGCCUCCUAAAAAACAGAUGCUUAAAAAACGGACUUUAUACACGAGCGCAGAAUGUGACUGUUGCAACCAUGGUGUUUUUUCUUAAUUUGAAGGGUUUAUUCUUUUCUGUGUGGCAGAAUGCACCCGUGACCAAAAUCUCAAUCUGACUGUAACAAUGAAAAAUAAGUGUUUAAACAGUA